CUGUGGAGGGCGCCCUGACCGGCCGGUGGAGGGCGCCCUCGACGCCCAGUUGUCCACCCUCCGGCGUAGACCACGCCGGCUCCUCUGCGGCGCGGCGUCCAACCCCAGGUGGGCCCCAGUCGACGGGCCACGGUGAGGGAGGGAGGUGCGUGACUCCGGCUCUUUCCAUGGUGAGCUCGGUAGGAGAAUAGUGAGCACAGCCAGACGAUCGGGACGGGAAGGCGGAUGCACUGGAGAACAGUUGUCAUGGACUUCAAUCGCUGUCCACAACCGUCCACCACUGCCUAAGUAACCACUGGUGUCCUGGUGCCACUAGUGCUCGUGCCGCUGUCGAGGGUCUCCGGCUAGUCAUUUAGUCCUUCGCAAACUCUACGAUCUUCAAAAUGAGGGACGAAGAAAUGGAAGUUGCGGUAAAGGUUGUGAUCGUGGGGAACGGCGCCGUGGGCAAGUCGAGCAUGAUCCAGCGCUACUGCCGCGGCACCUUCACCAAGGAGUACAAGAAAACCAUCGGUGUCGACUUCCUGGAAAGAAUGAUCGAAGUGUACGACGACCCGGUGCGGCUGAUGCUCUGGGACACCGCCGGCCAGGAGGAGUUUGACGCCAUCACUAAGGCUUACUACCGCGGUGCGCAGGCGUGCGUGCUCACCUUUUCAACGGUAGACCGCGCCUCCUUCCAGGCCGUCCGGCACUGGAAGAAAAAGGUGGAGGACGAAUGCGGCUCGAUUCCCAUGGUGCUCGUGCAGAACAAAAUCGACCUGAUCGACCGGGCCACCAUUGAUGCGGAGGAGGCGGAGGCGCUGGCGCGCGAGCUGAAGGUGCGCCUGUACCGUACCUCCGUCAAGGAGGACCUCAACGUUAGCCAGGUGUUCACAUACCUGGCCGAGCGCUACCUGGCAGAGAUGAGGAGCUGGGAGGAGGAGGAAUUCGACCCGCCCCGACCCGUCAUCACCACCAGCAUAUUCGCUUCGCCCGGUUACAAGUUCCAUGGCAAGCCGGGCUAUUACGACACUGGCAUUAUUUCUCUGCACCCGACUGGCAAAAGGCGUUUCCAAAAGAAGAAACACCUGUGGAAGAAUCUCUGCGUUACGUAGUGCCGAGCCGACGCCUGAGAGCGGGUGGUAGUGGUUUAGAGACCGCCAUGGACGAAAUAUUGGACGGUGCCUUGACUAGGCUUCCAUGGAUACCUACUGCUAUAAAUGUUAGCGUGGAUUUGGUGUGUGAAUAGCGUCGCAAGUACGUUUCCGAACAUAUUGUGAGUGUGAGAUUGUUAGUGCGCCGUACAGAAACUACCGUGCAAGCGACUCUACCGUGACAUGAGCAUCCACGUCCCGUGACUCGUGAGUGCGCCGGCCGCUGGGCAACAGAACUCGCGCUGUUGCGAAUCGCCCGACCGAGACGGCACGGCCCGGGCCUGCCGGCAGCCGCCCGACCACCAAGGUCAUCGCUGGCCGCACGGGACCGGCGCGAAACCGGUCGGCGGGGCAGCGGCCGUCCUCUGCCCACGGUUUGGCCGAGCAACAGAGCCAGCGCCGCUACAAACAAGUUAUGUCCAUCUAAUAUCAUAAGCACGGCUUCUGAAGAUGAGAGGUUGUGCUUAGUGUUAUCUGAUGCAUGCGUGAUUGCGAUUUAUGUGGAUUUUGGAAUGGCGAUGUGCUGGUGGCCUCAGAACAGAUGGAACAGCGCCACCUGCUGGUUACAAAAAGAAUUACGAGUUUUUGUAAUUCACAAUAGGUGACAGCAGGAGUGGCGGCGGGUCCCUGCUCUGCUCGGCAUCUUGUGCCGAUGUGAAUGAGUGUGACGGGAGCUGUGAUGUUUCGUCAAAACUGACGACAGCUCCCACAUUUGUGAUAAAUAAUGCAUGUUUUUGCUACGUGCCUAUGUGCCAUGUAACCACGCGUGGGUCGUCCCACUGCCUAUAGGUAUGCUCAACAUUGUACCCGAGGUCUAACGAGAUAUCCUCGUCGUAAAUAAAAGCCAGUAACACAA